UUGCGCUUCUUCUCCUCCUCACACCAUCCAUCUUCGCGAGCAUCGCACUCCCUCUGUCGCUUGAUGUGCCGCCCUGAAAGAGAGCGAUACACCCGCGUGUUCCACUGCGACCCAUUCCAUCCCCGCUGACCCGCGACUCUCGACCGCGCUUCGCCAUGAAGUCCAGACCAUCCACGACGAGGCCCGCCUCUACGACCUCCACGACCGCCAUCUGCACCUUCCUUCUCCUCGCCGCACCGCAUGUCGCUUCCGCUUUCUCAUUCCCCGCGCUGAGAUCGUACACAUCUUCGAGGGCAUCGGAACUUCUAUACAAAAGAGCGGAUCAGAAUGCGACUACAAUACCGGCGGCCAUUGAGGUAGCACCCAGUCAAUACUGGGAUGGCAUUGACGGGCCAUGGUCAUCUUUCCCGCUGCAGGUGGGCACUGCGGCUCAGAACAUCCGAGUACAGCCAGGUACAUCAUCACCAGUCAUCGCUACCAUCGCCGCAGACGGAUGCCCCGGCUUCUGGCCGGCGACAUGUCCGAACGAUCGUGGGUUUCUGUUCUUGCCGAACGAGUCCUUGACGUGGGUGCCGAACAGCAUUUUCCAGAUGGGAGUGGGAAUCAACUUGGGCUUGGAUACCACUACAGAUGCCGGCUUUGAUACCGUCACGCUGGGCUGGCAAGGCACCAAUGGCCCAACGGUGCAGCAUUCUACCAUAUUUAAUGUGGUAUUGCCAAAUUACUGGAUCGGCAUCUUCGGAUUGAGACCCCAGCCCUCUAAUUUCUCAACAUAUAGAGAUCCUCAGCCGUCGUUCAUGCAGCAAUUGGUCAACAACAAUACCAUCCCAUCAUUGUCGUAUGGCUACACUGCCGGGAACCAAUAUCGGCUCAAUCAGGUCUACGGCUCACUGGUGCUGGGAGGCUACGAUGCGAAUCGAUUCGAUGCGACCAAGAAUUUAUCAAUCCCCAUGUACCAAGACACUGAUCGCGAAUUGCUGGUCAACUUGCAAGCAAUCACGACCGAUGCCGGAUCACCCUCGAAUCUCCUGCCCGACGGCGCGAUCGACAUUCUCAUUGACUCGACCUUUGCGCCGAUAUAUCUACCGGAAUCUGCGUGCGACGCAUUCGAGAAGGCGUUCAAUCUCACAUUCGACAAAAACGAUGGGUAUUAUCUGGUCGAUGACUCGCAGCACGAUGCUUUACUAGCGCAAAAUGCCAACGUCACGUUCAAGAUCGGGUCGCAAUCGAGCGACAACCCUGUGGACAUCGUGUUGCCGUACAAAGCGUUCGACUUGACGCUCAAGUGGCCCGCAGUCACGACAAGUCCUACGAAUCAAUCGCACUACUUCCCCUUGAAGCGUGCCGUCAACAGUACGCAAUACACGCUUGGUCGCACGUUCCUCCAGGAGGCAUACAUCAUCGUCGACUAUGACAAGUCCAACUUUACCGUUGCGCCCUGCACCUGGGACGCGCAGAAAGUAGCAAAAUCCAGCAUCAAGUCGAUCCUGCGGGCCAACGAGACAGCGGCAGCGAACGACAGCGGCUCUGGAACACCGACCGCUGCCAUUGCCGGAGGGGUGGUCGGCGGUCUAGCAGGCGCAGCUUUGGUUCUCGGCGCCAUCCUCUUCUGGCUGCGAAGGAGAAAGUCUGGCGAGAAGAAACGCCUGGCAGAACUCGAGGGCAAAGACGCCAACGGCGUCGACAAAAACAGCAGCAUCAAUUCCAAGGACGGAAAACCACUCAUUUCUGCUCCAUUUGGAGGUGAGCUGGGAGGAGACGGAGAGAUCCACGAGAUGAAUGGCGCGCACAAGCAAUUGCCGCAGGAGUUGGGAGCGCCGUACCGUGUUGAUCCGAACAAGCAUGGGUACUCAGAGGUGGGAGGUGGUGGAGAGUUCUUUGCGCCUGCCAAGGGCGUGCCGGCGGAGAUGCGGCAAGGGACGCCGAUUUAUGAGAUGGCGGGUUCGGAUGUACAGGAAUUGCCGGCGUCGACGCAUCGGCCUUCGAUGGAGAAGCGGUAGGAUGUGUUCGUUCAAUGCUAUUUUGUACAGAUAUACCAGCCGAUACUGGCGCUAUUUAUGGGUGGGCUUCACGUCGUCGGAAUUCAAAAUGUUCAUGCGGAG